AUGGCUUGCACAAUCACUGUUGUCUUUCCCAAUGAUGUCGAUGCUAAGUACGAUGUCGACUACUAUAUCAAGAACCACAUGACCCUCAUUGAGAAGCAUUGGUCCAAGUACGGUCUCAAGGGUUGGUCUGCCACCAAGUAUAUUCCAUCCUUGGACGGUGCCGCCCCUCUGUAUGCCUUUGGUAGCCAGGUCUACUGGGAAAGUGAAGAAGGCAUGAAGAAAGCAUUCGAAAGUGCUGAGGCCGCGGAGAUCAUGGGGGAUGUUCCUCACUUCAGCAACAAGCCUCCAAUUUUCUUGAUCGGCCAGACCAUCCGCCCUGCAUUCAAUUUCUAA